AUGACUUCCUUCUUUGGGAAACUCAAGAGCCAGAAUGCCUCUGCACCGGCAGCAGGCCCGGCCGCAGCCAGAAAGGACGCCAGCGGUCCUGUCCCUACCCCUCUCGAGCGCAUGCUUGCGAAUGCCGGCCCGAUUCGCAAUGAUGGCAGCGAUAAAUUCCUGGGCAUGGAAAAUUUUGGGAACAGCUGCUAUUGCAACUCAAUACUACAGUGUCUCUACUAUUCCGUACCAUUUCGAGAAAACGUCCUCUCUUACCCUCGCCGGUCGACCCCCGAUUCAAUCGCCUUCUCUCAAAAGCACGCACCCCCUCGACAGCCACCGAACCAACAGAAUGGGGCGGCGAAGAAACCCAACGGCCCUACGUCCUCCCGAAAUGCUGGCACGCCGCCGCAGCAACAGAAACCAGAAGAUAAGGAUUCACCUGAGUACAAAAAGAAACAGGCGCUUCAGGCAGGGCCGAUACUAAACAUGACUUACGAUAAUUCCAAGGAUUAUGACAUGCCCGAAACGCUUUUUACCUCGCUGAAAGACAUGUUCGAAGCCAUUGUUACGGCUCAGUACAGAACUGGAGUUGUGAGUGGAUAUAGGUUACUUGAAGUGCUUCGACAAGAGAACGAAAUGUUCAGGUCCGCAAUGCACCAGGAUGCCCAUGAAUUCCUUAAUCUCCUCCUCAACACUGUUCUGGAAAACCUGGAGGCUCACGACAGACAAAUGAUCGCCCAGAAAAAGGCGGAGGAGACUCCUCCGACGAAAGAGGAACCAACCGACGUGGUAAGGUCAGAGUCAGCAACCGUCCAAUUCCCACCGAUAUUGCCUGUCCCGACGGCAGGUUCCCCGACAAGAUGGCUGCAUCAGCUCUUCGAAGGCACCCUAACCUCUGAAACUCGAUGCUUAACCUGCGAAAAUGUGUCGCAACGUGACGAACCUUUUCUGGAUUUAUCAGUCGACUUGGAGCAACACUCGUCUGUGACAGCAUGUCUACGAAGAUUCUCCGAGGAGGAGAUGCUGUGUGAGCGAAAUAAAUUCCAUUGCGAUAACUGCGGCGGUCUCCAAGAAGCCGAAAAACGCAUGAAGAUCAAGAGACUUCCGCGGAUACUCGCUCUUCACCUGAAACGAUUCAAGUAUACCGAGGAUUUUGGACGGCUGCAGAAGCUGUUUCACAAGGUCGUGUACCCAUACCAUUUGAGGUUGUUCAACACUACGGAUGACGCUGAAGAUCCUGAUCGACUGUACGAGUUGUAUGCAGUGGUGGUGCACAUCGGAGGUGGUCCUUACCACGGUCAUUAUGUUUCCAUUAUCAAGACGCAGGAUCGGGGCUGGCUCCUUUUUGACGACGAAAUGGUGGAGCCCGUGGACAAGAAUUUUGUCCGCAACUUUUUCGGAGACAAAGCAGGGCUCGCAACCGCAUACGUCUUGUUUUACCAGGAGACCACGCUAGAAGAGGUUCAAAAGGAGCAAAGGACAGAAGGCAAAAGGCGGGCUUCUCAGGAUCUCACCGCCGGCGUCGGUGUCGACGCCAAACGUUCAGCGGAACUCCAUCGUGUCGAGACAGUCAGCCCCCUAGGCUCUCCAAAUUCGCCCGCAGAUGCUGCGCACUAUGCUGCGCUCGACCAUGCAAUGACAGCGCCACCGGACUUCAAGGCCAAUGGCCAUGUUGAACCUCCCAGAUCACCCACCAUUCCCGCCGCCAGCCCCACCAGCCCCGUGGUACAAAGUAAGAAGGAGAAAGCCAAAGAAGAGAAGGCACGAAAAGCCGCGGAGAAGCAGGCCGAGAAGGAUAGACAAGAAGCUGAACGGUUACGUCGGAAAGACCUGGCCAACAAAAUAACAGAGGCUCAUAAAAAGCAAGAAGCAGAUCUCAAGGCAGCCUUGGAAGCAAGCAAGCAGACGAAGGCAGAAGAAGACCAACGAAACGCGCUCGAGCGAGCGCAUACUUAUCAGUCGAACGGCGGCGGGUCUUCUGGCUUUGAGAAAUUCAAGCGUUCGAAGAGUCUGCGGUUCGGCUCCCUGACCAAGAAAGACAAGCCUCCGUCUAAUCCGUCGGAAGAAAACAUUGUGCCUCCAAUGCCAGCAGGCAGCAGUGACACGCCGGAGAGGGACAUACCCAAGGAGAAGAAGAAUCGGUUCAGCAUCCGGAAGAAAUCCUUUGGUAUGCUUUCGUGA